UGGCAGAGCUUGUUCUGAAAGCGAAGCGCUCGAAAAAGUCGCCUCAGUAAGAGUUUCCGAGCGCGACGGAACAGUCGCGUCACACGACCGCUCGAUAUCCGAAAGUGCCUAAAGGGAUGUGCCUUCAGUGAAAGUGUAACUCAGUGUUCAUUGUAAUAGAGUUUAAAGUCUGUUAACAUUCAACGAGGUUUUACUGUAGUGUUUUGUUCUUGUGUGAGAGAUACAAAAAUAGCUGCAGCGAUGGAGUUAAGAUGGGUUUUGUAUUGCACGGUGGUCCUAGCGGUGGUAUGCUUCGCACAGAAUACAGAAGCGCGGCACUCGAUGCACCGGCGUCAGACUGAUGAUUACGACGUACUCGCUGACGCGGCGAUUGACGAUGAGGCGCAGAACGACGGUGAUGGAGGCAAUGACGCUGAUGAAGAACCUGAAGUGUCUGCGGUGAUUCUGACGCAGUCGACCCACUACAACAUCACACUUGGCGAUAAUGUCAGACUCGAGUGCAAAGUGUCACCUGCUGACGGCACAGUUGUUCAGUGGACUAAAAAUGGUACAAUGUAUUUCUUCGGAACAAUGAAGACGCAAGACCAGCACGCAACUUCCUACGCUCAGAACCAAAGGAUAUCAAUUCCUGCAAACUCAACAGAUCUUCUCAUCAAAAAUGUGACCAUAGCCGAUAGCGAUACAUACAAGUGUGAAGUUCUGCAAACAAACAGAGUUACUAUUGAACAUACAUUAAAUAUCCAAGAAAAACCGAAGAUAGUCAAAUUCUCUGCAUCCAACAAUGGAGAAGUUGUGGAAGGUUCCAACUUGAUGCUGACCUGUGUUGUUGGUGGUUCUCCUCCCCCACAGAUCAUCUGGUCAAGAGACACUGGCAAUGGAAACGAACGCCUGCAAGAGAAGGACGGCGAGUUCUCUAUCAACAGCCUCCAUAUUAAGAACGUGAAGACGAGUGAUGCGGGCAAAUAUUACUGCUACGCGUUCAAUGGAGUCGGCAACAAACAGGCUGAAAUUACUGUUGUUGUUAAAAGCAAACCUCGUGUUCACGUGCCCAAAGCUAUCAUCAACUCCGCCGUCAACGUGGAAGCUGUAUUACAAUGUUCUGUUCACGAAGCCGCCCCUGCGCACAUCCGCUGGUACAAAGACGGUUCUCUGAUCGAGGACACAUCGAGUCAGUUCACAGUGAGCACACGCGACCACCACUCCAACCUGACUGUCACACCUACCAGUGAUCAGGACUUCGGAACUUUCACUUGUGAGGCCGACAACGACCUGGGCAAACAUAACAGGUCAAUCGAGCUGGUGCAGGAGCCGGUCGUGGAAGAUCUGGAUGUAGACGGACCCAAGCUGACCUGGACCAUACACUCGCACCAGCCGCUGGAACAGAUCGAGCUGCAGCUUCGUCAGAUGAGUGCGGAAGGACAAUGGAAGACGAUCAAUGUACCGCUGCCUGACAUCAAGACGCAUGAAUAUGAAAUCAUCUAUCCGCUGUCGGAGCAGGACUUGGAGCCUGGAAAGUACGAGGCGACUGUCAAAGUGAAGAAUGAAAAGAGCUGGAGCCAGCACACACCUCCUGCCUUCGUUGAUAUUGAAGCUCAGCCACAGUUGAUCCAGCAUGCGUCAGUAUACAGAGGCAACUCCGGCCACACCAUCCGGCCGACACUCCUCAGCGCAAUCUCUACAACUCUAAUGUACCUUCUCGUUCGAAUGCUUUAAACAAUUCAUAGCCUAAAUUAUUUAUUAUUAGUAUCGAUAUAUAAAUGGUGGGAAGACAAGAUGCACAACAAUAUUGCUAAUUAAAAAUAUUAAAAAAAAA